AUGUCGGCAUUCUCUACCCGAGAGAAUUCUCCAACACGACCGGCCUCUCAUCUAGCUCUUGGCAACCCGACUGUCAUGCCUAGAACCCCCAAAGCUUUGACACCACGGCCACAGGCAGAACAAAAUAUCAUCCCAGGCCCUUCUUCUGCUCAAUCAUUCGAGAUGUCUCGCCCUCUGAAUGUCACAGAUGCCCUCAGCUAUUUGGAUGAUGUAAAACACCAAUUCGCAGAGAAACCGGAGGUUUACAAUAGGUUUUUGGAUAUCAUGAAAGAUUUUAAAAGCCAACAAAUUGACACUCCGGGUGUCAUUGGCCGGGUAUCGAAACUCUUCCACGGAAAUCCCCCUCUAAUUCAAGGAUUCAAUACUUUUCUUCCAGUUGGAUACCGUAUCGACGUUUCUGGGGAUCCACUGGAUCCCAAUACGAUCACAGUGACUACUCCACAAGGCACAACUACGCAGACUACCACUCAAAGCUCUACCGCACACGUACCUCGCACCAUUUCGCACCCGCCGCGUGACAUUCCUGGGUUCGGACCCAAUCUUGCACAAUCUUUUCCUUUCCCCGGAAUCAAUACACCAAAUGGCGCCUCGCCCCUCACACCUUUGAAUACAAUCUCGCGAUCUAUGACACCACAGCAGCCUUUCCAUAUUCCUCAUCAGUCACUCAUAUUCGACCUCCCGUUUUCGCCUGGAAUACAACAAACUCAGACCACUGCUGCUGCCUCUUUGCUCGGCAACCUGAACAACAAGAAUCUGAUCGAAAAGCAACCGCAAGGGGAAGAAUUCAACCACGCGAUUCAGUAUCUGAACAAAAUCAAAAACAGAUAUUCUGACGACGCGAAUACUUACAAGCAGUUUUUGGAUAUAUUACAAGCAUAUCAGAAGGAGCAGAGGCACCUGCAAGAUUCGCAAGUUUACGUCCAAGUACAAAUUUUGUUCAAAGACGCGCCCGAUCUCUUAGCUGAAUUCAAAGACUUUCUUCCUGAGAUCACUGGAGGUAUACCUCAUCCCGGAAACGCUAUGAUGCCGCCACCUCCAGGAGCCGGUCCCAGCUCGCAGCCAUGGAGCAACCCCAAUGAUUCUGCACCGGUUUCUCCUGAGAAAGCAUCGAAAAAGCCAGUUGCCCCAGGCGUAAAGCGAAAGAAACGUGUUAUAGAGAAAGAGCCGACGCCAGCCCCUCCGUCGAAACCAGCCCCUAGUAGAGCCAAAAAACCCAAAAUUGCUCACAAAGGCGAUCCAGGAUCUCCUUCAUUCUCCCCUUUCCCAUUGCCAAAAUCACCGCAGCUUCCCACAUCACACUCAGCGCCUUCAUUACCUCCUAUCCAACACUCUCAAGUCCCGUCUACACCUUCGUUUGUCCCAGCACCUCCUAUCCCCACCACUCCAAGCAAACUCAAGUUCUUCGAUCGCUUAAAGAAAACUCUGGAGAAUCGAGAAAUUUACGAAGAAUUCUUAAAGCUUCUCGGUCUUUACUCCAAGGAUAUCAUAGACGUGAAAACAUUGAUUAGCCGUGCUGCAGUAUUUCUUGGAGAGGGAGACUUGAUGGAUGAGUUUAAGGAGGUCCUUGGUUAUGAUCCGAAGCAAGACGAUGUGGAGAACGGACCACCUGGUAGCAUUCGCACUGGUCCCCCUGAGGCGCUGGCUGCGCAGCCCAGUGACGACGGACAAGGGCCAAGCUAUAGAAAGUUGCCUUGGAGUGAGGUGCGCCUUGCCUGUUCAGGCCGCGAUGAACUUUGCCGUUCCGUCUUGAAUGAUGGAUGGGUUUCUCACCCUACUUGGGCGUCUGAAGAAGCCGGUUUUUUGACGCUCAAGAAAAACUCUUUCGAAGAUGCACUUCAUAAGAGCGAGGAGGAACGCCACGAAUACCACGUUCAUCUAGAAGCAAUGACGCGUACUAUCGCUCUUCUGGAGCCACUCAAUGAGCGCAUCGAAGCCAUGACUGCUGAUGAACGUAGUCUAUACAGGCUCCCUCCGGGUCUCGGGGGACUCAGUAAAGGCAUCUAUACCCGGAUAAUCAAAAAGGUUUACGGCCGAGAUAAUGGUGCAGAGAUCAUUCAAGCUCUUCAAGAAUGCCCUGGAGUUGCCAUUCCUGUUGUCCUUUCCAGGCUCAAGCAGAAGGAUGACGAAUGGCGUCGUGCUCACCGUGAAUGGAGUCGCACAUGGCGGGAAGUUGACUGCAAGAAUUUCUACAAGUCUCUCGAUCAUCAAGGUAUCAGCUUCAAGCAAAAUGAUAAAAAGGCCAUCACUGCGAAACAUUUCGUUGCAGACAUCGAGUCGAUACAGGCUCGGCAGCUUGAGGAGAUCGACGAUCUCAAUGCUCGCUUCCAGAGCGGGGAUGAGAAGGGGAAGCAGAAAGCCUGGACUUCGCCAUUCGCUCGGGGUUCUCUCCCAGCACAGCUUGAAUUCCAGAUUCAGGACACGGCCGUGUUACAUGACUGUCUAAAACUGGUUUAUUCAUUUCUCGAUCGUUCUCAAGGCCAGUACAGUGUGCUUGAGCGCCGCAGUGUUGAAAAGUUCCUGAGAGUGUUCGUACCAACCCUCUUGAUGUAUCCUGUUACCGAAUUCAACCUCGCGUGGGGUGCUGACGAUUUGAAUGGAAUGACUGAAAGCAACGCAAUGGAUUCUUCUGCAGGUUCCAAAGGCGGAAGGAAAGUAUCUGGCCAGUCUAACGGUAUCGUAGCUGGUGACUUGCGGAAGAAACUUCUCAAGACAGCUAAAGAGCGGCGUCGUAAACGCGAGGAACGCGGUGGUUCCACUUCAGCGGCGGCAUCUAGAGCUGGCUCUCCGCCAUUUCUUGAGAGUCAUCGAUCUCCGCUAGUACCAGCGUCGCGUCAGGAAGAGGAUCCCGUCGCCACCGUUCAUGAAGAUAUCUGGAUCAGAGAGUCUUCUGCCGCAGGAGCGACAACCAUGGACUUCAUUAACUCUGAGGAAUCUAGAAACGGCAAUUUCGAAAGGCCAUUCUUCGCAAACACAACUUUCUAUACACUUUUUCGUUUGCUUCAGUUAUUAUAUUCCCGUCUUCUCAUGUGCAAGGAGAUCGGACAAGACCUUGCAACAAGAAAGCACGCGCAAUUGCUUUCUAAUCCAGUCGCAGUUCAAUUAGGUCUGGAUGACCCCAACGGACCAGCGACAGUUUUAGCGCAAGCUAUGGAACAGCUGAACGGUGGUACUAAUGUGGUCUACAUGUAUUUAUUGGAUGCAUGCGAGAAGGUAUUUGCGGGAGACCUUGAUCAAGUUUCGUUUGAGGAGCACAUGAGAUGGUUUUUCGGCAAUAAGGCCUAUCACUUGUUUACUUUGGACAAGUUGAUUAUAGCUCUUGUUAAGCAGGUGCAAACAAUCACCUCUGAUGCGAAGUGUCAGGAGCUUUGGUCCUUAUUGCAAAGUGCACAAGUGUCAGAGUCGAUUACGAAUCAAGACGUUAUCCGAUAUCGUAGGGAGGCGGAGACGAAUGUCGGGCAAGAUGGUAAUCUUUACAAGAUUCAAUGGGUGACCAUAAAUCAAAAGGAGCGGGAGCUGAAAAUAAUGCGGAUCCAUUUGAUGAGACAGGAAGAUGCGAGCGUCAACAGUUUCCGAAAACCUCACAGUCGAUGGAGAGCAUAUGUGGACAGUUGGAUUCUCCGGUAUCCCACGGAGUGGAUGCCCUCACAAAAUAAAGAAGCCGGACCUCAUCCUGUUUUCCUGCGAAGAACGGUCACGAUGGAGGGGGAAGUGAAAAUUGGGAUUUCAUUGCCAGAAUACAAGAUUGUGUACGAAAGGGGUUCUGAAGAGACCGUUAUAGUGAGGCAGAAAGACAGUGCAAUGUUGGAGGAAAGAGCCCAUAGUAGAAGAGAGCAAGGCAAGCUAUUUAUUAGGAGAGUAAUUUUAAAAAUAGAUUGA